CGUUUAGGUACUUUUUUUGAGUGAACAGUUUAAGAAUAGACAGAAGAAAAAAAUACUAUGGCAGCAUCUACAAAACCGGAUCUCGAUCGCCUAGGCUACUUUAGUGAAUUAUCCUAUCAUACAAUUGGAGAUCCUUAUGUGGAUUUAGGGAAAUUUGUAUUUAAUCAAAGCUCUGGAAGAGGGAAACAAAUGUAUGGUGUUUAUACAAAAACAAAAUGUGGUCUAAACGAUGGUUAUUUUGGUGUUUACAAUCGACCAUUUGUUGGUGAAGCAUAUACAGAUAUGACAAAAGUGAAGCAUCAAGAACGUUUAAAAGAAAAGACGAAAGAACGUCCCACAGUAUUUCUUCCACCCUCAGGUACUAAAUCGCUUAUUGGAUCUGGAAACUAUUGGGGCACAUUUUCAAAUUCAAUUCCACACUUCAGUAAUGAAUCGAUCCCGUCAGCGAAACAUUCAAGUGAAAAGAAUUUUUAUACUUCACCAUCUAAGAAAGGAUCAGGAGCGAGUUAUCCUAAUUUAACCAUUGGAAAGUUUCCUGCUUAUAUGUCUGAACCGUAUUUGGAUCGUGUUGGAAAAGCCAGUGAUACAGAAAGUGAAAAGCGGUUGACAAUGGGUCGUAGAAGUUUCAUUCUAUCUGGGAAUAUUGAUUAUUUCGGACCGGAUCCAUAUAAACAACAGGGUUUUGAUAAAUUGCCGAAGAUUAUGCCCGUGCAAUCGAAAAGUAUCACUGUUCCCUUUCGACCAUCGAAUCCAGGGAAACAACCAGGUGGUUACAAAGCAGGAACUUUUAAUCCAUUCCCUACUUAUAUAUCGGAACCUUAUGUGGAUCCAUAUAAACGUUUACCAGCGAAACGGGAAUCGAAAGUGUUCCUUCCAUCAUCAGGAUUUAAAUCGGCUAGAUUUGAAUCAAUUUUGACAAAAAAUGUGUACAAGGUUAUGAAUUCAUCGAAUUAUGAUCUUGUGAAAUCUGUUACCUAUUUUUGAAAUAUAUAUUUUGCAAGUAAGGAGAAAUAAAGUAAUAUAAUUGUCUUAAUUGUGCUAUUGUUCAUGUGAAAUAACUUACCAGUGUUACUUCCAACAGUUUA